AUGGGGAGCUUGAGCGACGUAGAGGCAGGCAUGGACUCACAGGCGGCUUGCAUUCCAAGUGACAGAUCCACCUACCAUCACUACAUCAUCUAUAGGUCUGUCAGCUUUCAAUCCCUCUGGUUGAUGGAACACUUCGAGCGAUUCCGACACACUGUCACCAUCCAAUUAUACGGAUGCAGAUACGCAUGCUGGCGUACAACUGUUACGAUUACCUUGCCAGCCUUCCGUGAAUUUCAUCAUAUGCUCCAUAUCAGACUUCUGCAAUACGUCGACAUCACUCCUUCUACUAUUGGUGCCGUCCAUGGCACGGAUUUCACCAUCCUCUACGUCUACUUGUAUGAAAUGGUCAACGCCGGCAUGAUCACUGUCAACAGCAUCCUCAAGCAAAUGGAAGAUAAGGCUUACAUGUUUGACCAGUUCAACGACAUGCACCAAGACCUCCAGGGAUAUCUCAUGCACCGCUACAAGCUUCCUUUUGAUUUUCUCAGAAUGGCUGAAGACCAAGGUGCCGCACUGAGAUUAAAUGGAUUUGACCUUGAUACUCCUGCUGGACAGUGGCAGCAAAUGUUCGAAAAUCUAUAUCGACACCUUCAAUUCAAGACAGUCGAUGAGCGUUGGUAUAAGAUUGGUAGUCUCGUCAGUUGCGAGAAAUGCGGACGCGCCUUACCAGGCAAGGCACUGGUUAAGAAAGACACCAACAAGAAAUUCAAGUCCAGUCGAAUCUCUGAGCUCUGUUUUGAUUCGAUAAGAGUGUCUUGA